AUGAAGCCGAAAGUGCAAUCGCGGAAGGGCUUUCGCGCGCUCUGGAUGGCAGCGACGCUGCUGACCGUCGCAGUUUACCUGUGCGUUGCACACAAUCGUGGAUGGUACGACAGCCCGCAGGUGCGCACGCCCCAGAGGAUACCGACCUCAAGUGGAGCUGCUCCGGAGGUGUGGGAGCCGGCGAAGCCGCGAGCGACGCGACCACUAGUGAACUUGGACGCGGUGCGGCGUGGAGGCGGGGACUUCCGGCCCGCACAGAACUUCCAAGAAAUUAUCAGCACAUCGCCAUUUGUGCUCUUUGUCAAGGGCACGGACGAGAGCUCGCGGUACCUGCGGCACCUGCUGACAAACGAGUACGAGGUGACGCCCGAGAUCGCGGUCGUGGACCUGAGCAAGCACCGAUACAGCGGCGACCUGCAGAGGUACAUCCGGGAGCAUAAGCUGCACGGGCCGCUGUUCCAGCUGACAGAGAACACGCCGGACGUGCCGUACCUGUUCGUAAAAGGCGAAUCUGUGAUCAACACAUCUGUGGAAAAGGACAUUCGGGAGCCGCAUGAGCGGGGGCAGCUGCAGGCCGAGCUGCAGCGCCACGCCGGCCUUGACGCUGUGAUCAAAAAGCGCAGCCCACCUUCAAAUAGCUGA